GCCAGAAUAGUAGAAGCAAUGCCGUGUCCUCGAUAGCAAUGGACACUCUUGCGGCCAGAAGGCCCUGGAGUAUGAGUGCCCUCUUUGUAUGGAGCCUGCUUUGGAGGUUGCAGCCUACUUUAGCAGGGUCAGCAGAGCGGCAUCCAGCUGCACGCAUGCAGCGAUGCUUUACUUCUGGCAAGCUGUUGGAUCUCACGAACGGAAGUAUUGGUCUCCCCAAUUGUGUGGACAGUUGCGUUCCGCCAGCAGAGAGGAGUGUUCAGGCUGAAGGCCUCGGCUUCUGCAUGCUGCCUAUUGCCCGCACGGCGGCUGGGUCGAAAGCGGUGGUCGGGUCAGUCGGGAGUCGGGAUGAUUUAGAUUGGUUCUGGAUGAUUCUGGUGUUCAGAUGUGUCAUUGUUUUCUCGUGUUAUUAUUGACAUCGUUAUCAGUGAAGUGUAUGCAGGAUCCGCUGUGACCUAGUCAUGAACAGGCCGCCUUUGAGAUCCUUUGAGUUGCACAAUCGCGGGAGAACGGUUUAUUGAGAUUGGCUCAAUACCAGUGAUAGUAUCAGUAUGUUGGGGAGCAGCCCUGAAAUCCAUAGAAGGCAG